UCCCCACUACCGAGUAGCCUGUUCCCCGCGCGCGCCAAGAGCCUGAUCCAGGCGCUGCAGCCCGCACCAUGGCUGCCCCAGACUUGUCCACCAACCUCCAAGAGGAGGCCACCUGCGCCAUCUGCCUCGAUUACUUCACCGACCCGGUGAUGACCGACUGCGGUCACAACUUCUGCCGCGAGUGCAUCCGACGUUGUUGGGGCCAGCCCGAGGGCCCGUACGCGUGCCCCGAGUGCCGCGAGCUGUCCGCGCAGAGGAACCUGCGACCCAAUCGCCCGCUUGCCAAGAUGGCAGAAAUGGCGCGGCGCCUGCACCCGCCGUCGCCUGUCCCACAGGGCGUAUGCGCGGCGCACCGCGAGCCGCUGGCCACCUUCUGUGGCGACGACCUCUGCCUGCUGUGUCCCACCUGCGAGCGCUCGGAGCACUGGGCUCACCGGGUCCGACCGCUGCAGGACGCGGCCGAAGACCUCAAGGUGCGUUCUGCCAAGUGCAACCGGUCCGUGUCUGGAGCAAAGGGAUGUCCCGUCACUGUCCCGUCUUGGGGGAGGCUGGAAAAGUCACUGGAACACCUGAGGAAACAAAUGGAGGAUGCGAUGCUGUUCCAAGCCCAGGCUGAGGAAACCUGUGCCUUGUGGCAGAAGAUGGUGGAGAGCCAGCGGCAGAAUGUGCUGGGUGAGUUUGAGAGGCUGCGCCGCCUGCUGGCAGAGGAGGAGCAACAGCUGCUGCAGAAGCUAGAGGAAGAGGAGCUGGAGGUGCUGCCAAGGUUGCGCGAAGGUGCCGCGAGACUUGGCCAGCAAAGCACGCAGCUGGCAGCCCUCGUCUCCGAGCUUGAGAACCGCUGCCAACUGCCAGCUCUGGGGUUAUUGCAGGACAUUAAGGACGCCCUGUGCAGGGUACAAGAUGUGAAGUUACAGCCUCCAGAGGUGGUGCCCAUGGAGCUGAGGACCGUGUGUCGGGUUCCAGGGCUGGUGGAGACCCUGCGGAGGUUCCGAGGGGACAUAACCCUGGACCCAGACACUGCCAACCCAGAGCUGGUCUUAUCCGAGGACCGGAGGAGUGUGCAGCGUGGUGACCAGCGGCAGGCCCUGCCUGACAGCCCAGAGCGUUUUGAUCCAGGCCCCUGCGUGCUAGGCCAGGAGCGCAUCACCUCUGGCCGCCACUACUGGGAGGUAGAAGUUGGGGACCGCACCAGCUGGGCGCUUGGCGUGUGCAAAGAAAAUGUCAACAGGAAGGAAAAGGGGGAGCUGUCAGCUGGCAACGGGUUCUGGAUCCUGGUGUUCCUGGGGAGUUUCUAUAAUUCCACUGAGCGGGCCUUCUCCCCACUACGGGACCCUCCUAAGCGUGUAGGCAUCUUUCUGGACUAUGAAGCUGGUCACCUCUCAUUCUACAGUGCCACAGAUGGGUCGCUGCUGUUUAUCUUUCCUGAAACCCCCUUCUCAGGUACACUCAGGCCCCUCUUCUCACCUUUGUCUAGUAGCCCGACGCCUAUGACCAUCUGCAGGCUGAUUGGCGUACCUGGGGACACCGCUGGUCCCCAGUGACCCGAACCCUCUAGAAGAGUCCCUUCACCUCUCCUGGUCCCUUGUCCCCUCCAUGCAGAGGCCCAAGAGCCAGGCGGUGUCCUGUGAGCAUUAGGAGAAGCACACAGUGCCUUUCUGCCCACACGUGGGAACACAAGCUCUCAGUCUGAGCGACAGUAAGUGGGAGUACCCCGGGCUGGGCUCUGUCCUCGUGCCGGGCAUCUUCUCCGCCACUGAUGUCACUUAGUGCCAAAAGCCCUCACCAAAGCACUAAGUCCCAUGUGUCACCAGCACCUCUGACUCGAGGUUCCAGUGAUGUGAUAGGCUUUUCCAGAAGUAAUCUGAACCUGUCCACACUGCUGUGCCAACAAGCAUGCCACGCCAUCCCUGAAGUGAAACUAGGUUAAGGUUAGGUAGGAGCCAGCUUCGAGCUCACCAGCGUCCCAGGAUUCAGCCCAGUGGACAGAAGCACUGCUCAAAGUCCUUACCAUGCUAGGUGUGGUACAGGGGAAGAAGAGAGGACAGCAGCCUGGCCCCAGAGAUGAAAUGGUCUGGUGGCGGCUGAAUCCUAAAUGAGUCCUCCACAUUGGUAUGGAACACAUAAGGGGCCCAAAAGUGGAACUCAGACAUGACAUUUGAACACACCCUUCCGUUCUGAGACUUGUCUGGCUUUGCCUUCAGAGGGGCUUCCCUGGUGUCUGGCAAGCUUUGGUACACUGCCUGUGGCUGCCUGCCUUGCAGAGUGAGCUGCAUAGUCCCUCCCAAGUGCACAGGAGCCAGCAGUGGCUGCUUUUGUGUGACACUUCUGGGAGUUUUAUUUAUUGGAAGGGAAACAUUUAAAUAAACUGUCAUCUGCAACAGUA